CUCAGCCUGCCUUUAUCAACCGCUGCGCCGCACGCUCCUCUUCAGUCAUCUGGUGGAUAAAAUAAAUAAAUAAACAUAAUAACCGGCCGAGCAAACAUGUUCUGCAGACGGGCAUGGCUGAAACUUGGGCCCCUGACACGAAGGGCAAUCAAACCAUCGUUCAGGAAUGCUCAACCGGCACGGCACAUGGCCUUCGGGAUCCCUGGAGGCUCCACCAACAUGACAUACUUUGUCCUGUGUGGAGGAGGUCUCACUGCCGCGAUUGUCUAUGCUUACAAGACGGUCAAUGAUGACAGCGAGCGGUACAACGACAGACUUGCUGACAUGGGCUCCGACACAAAGGAUGCUGAAGAUGCAGAGACGGCAGCCAAGGUGGCACCCGUUGCAGAGGCCAUAGCCGUUACAGCUGAACUUGCCCCAGUGGAGGAGGCAGCGCCUGACACACCUGAGUUGAUCGCAGAACCCGAAGCAGCCAUCCCGGCGGCAGAGACCGUGUCAGAGACCGCUGCCGAACCUGUCCUCGAGGCCGUUCCUGAGGAAGCAGCGUCCCCAUCACCUGAAGAGGCAGCCACUGCUGAAGUCCCUGCCGAGCCAGCAGUUUCUGAGGAAGCUCCCACACCUGUUGCAGAGGAGGCCGCCACUGAGGCUGGCCCUGCUGCUGUGGAGGUAGUCACCGUGGAGGCAGUCAGCACGGAGGACGUAGCGGCAGAGGCCCCCGCAGCUGAGAGUGUCGGUACGGCAGUGGUAGAAGUCCCUCCCCCUGUUGAAGCCGAGAGCGCUACCGCCGAGGUGGCAGCAUGAGGCUUUGACGGCUUUAGGUCCACCCCAAAAUGGGAAGGGUACAGGGGUAGUUAGUUGUACUGUGUGUCCAUUUGCUUUUGAUGCAGACAAAAAGUGAACUGUUAGACCAUUGUUAAUGAUCUAUAGGAAAAAGCUCAAGCAUAUUUCUUCCAUGUUGUCCUCCUUUUGGAAAAAUAUAUAGUCACAUAGGGUCUAACAGUUCAGUUUCUCUGAGGGCCCCUGACCCUUACCUGAAUCCACCUUACACAGACCCAAUGUACAAACAUUUGACAAUAAGCAGCAAAGUUGGAUUGUACUAUUAAGGACACUUAAUUUAUAAAAAAUUAAAAUAAAAUAAAAAGCUCCCAUACACUUAUUUUAUGCAGCUCUUUGGAGGCUUGCUGAGUGGGGGUGUGUAAGGGAAAGAACUCAGUAUGUGAAUUUAACUCAUGGCACCCUGAUCUCUGACCUGAUGGAAAGAUUAUUGCAAGUACCCUUAAAAUUGACUUGAACCUGCACCUGGUACUUGGUUCACUUGUCUCAACCGCAAAAUAAGAGGGGGGAAUAAGCGCUAUCUUUUUUUCUAGCUAAUUAUUCCCUCUGUUAAUAUUUAAAGUACAUCCCCUCUUGCACUCUUAAAUUUAGUGAGUGCUUCAUAUACCAUAACUCUUAAAUGCAUGAGAACGUUAAUUAUGCAGAUAACUUUGAUUGGAGAUAUGUGACCAUGUAGUUCUGCUCUUAUUGUGAAAUGUGACCAGACUCCUACCAGCAGUUUCCUCUUCCUGUGGCCUUUUUACAUCCCUUCCAAAGUGCUUAUGUGCUCUAGUCUUCCCAGAAUGAGAUACAGGACGGCUUAAACUGUGAUAUCAUGACUGGUCGAGACUGUAAAGUGUGACUGCUUCAAAGUUGAAAUAACAUUGUGUUAAAAUAGGAAAUCUUUAGUCUAAAUGGGAAAAGUUUGCCGGUGGCUGUGCCCUGGGUACCAAACAGACCCCUGAACGCAUCGUCUUCCUUUUAAGACCUGCUGAGACUUUAUCGACAUUAUCACCGUCUGUCUGUCCUUCUUCAUCACGUCCUCACUUUCUCAUCAAGACAAAAUGGAGAUCGACAGUAAGCUAAGCUCAUUACAAAAUUACUGACAUUUUUUUUUUGCAUCCGAUCUGUGGGAUGCCACUUGUCCCCAAAACUACACACAUUAACAAACAAUUCUUAACAACUAAUCAGGCCAAUCUGCGUCUACUUUAGCUGAGUAGUUGACUUGCCUCUGAAAUUUUUAUACACUACACUCACUAAUGCCCCUUUCACACUGGCCAAAAAUCCCUCUAACAUCCAACUUUGGUGGUCAAUGUAAAGGCGGAUGUUAGUGGAGUUUUUUUUGGCCAGUGUGAAAAGGGUAUUAUUUACAUACACGGGUGACGACUCUUCCAAUAAUCCUUAUCGGUAUUGUGUUCAGACAUGUUUUGCCCUUUUUUGUGUGCUGAAACACUUUCUGGUUUUUAGGGUUUUUUUUUUUUUUAUGUGAAAUUUUAAAAUGAUCAAGGGAAUACACGAACCAUAGUCAUCCAUAAAUAUUUCUUGGCAAUAAAUGUUUUGUAUUGGUCAAAACUUGUUGUUAUACACUUGUUUUUCAAAACAUUCCUGCUGAUUUAAGAAGGGAAAUUAAAAGUUAUUCAAUAAAGAG